CAGCUUUUCAAGCGUGAUAACGCCGCGUCGCGCAUUAUUCGUACAUGGUGUGUGUGUGCGCGCGCGCGCAGACACAUGUUCACGUACGUCAUGACGCAUCAGGCGCAUGUCAAAUCGCGUGUCCACCGCUAUCAGCUCGUCUGCCCAUAGGAGAUAUCUCUCGCGGUUUUGAGAUGAUGUGCGCGAGUUGUCAGUGGAAAUAGGCGUCCGGGAUCAGAAGUGUCGCGUCGUUGUCGCCACCGGAGCCGUGAGGAUGGCGGAAUCGAGCGGACCGAUUCUUCACGUCAUCGUCGUCGGGUUUCACCACAAGAAAGGCUGCCAGGUAGAAUACUCGUUUCCACCUCUGGUGCCUGACGCGCCCAACGAGUGCCCGUUGGGCUGGAAGUAUCUGCCCACGCUCGCUCUGCCCGAUGGUUCUCACAACUACGACGAGGACACUGUGUAUUUUCAUUUACCUAGUUUGAACGAUCCGAAACGUACGAUAUACGGUAUUUCGUGUUUCCGUCAAAUUCCCGUGGAGAAACUGAAGAAUCGCACGUCCGAUAUAACGAGAGGUACCGUUCAAAAGUCGGUUUGCGUGCUGAGUACGUUGCCUCUGUACGGACACAUUCAAGUGAAAAUGGCCCUGAUAACUCACGCAUACUUCGAAGAAGGUGAUUUCAGUAAAGUGUCCUUACUAGAGGAUACUUAUCAUCAUCUUAAUUCGUGUAUGAGCGGCGAAAGUCAGAUACCACCACAAAUAUUCGUUGGUUUGUCCGCGAGAGAUUUUAUAUUGCAAUUCCGUCACAAAGUAUUGCUCUUGUUUAAAUUGCUUCUGCUUGAAAAGAGGAUAGUUUUUUAUCAAUCGCCGGUGCAGCCACUGUGCGCCACGAUAUUGACUCUACUGUCACUGUUUCCGGAUAUGAUUGAACAUGGUCUUCAACAAGCAGCUUGUGUGAGACCAUCCAGACCGAUGUCUCCAAUUCCAACUUUUGAUGAGGAAGAGAUCUCGAAUAACGUCGACGAUUCCAACUUGUCGUCCACCCAUAUCGUCAAAGACAAUAUGUCGAACGCGAGUCACGAACAGUGCAACGAUAAUAGCAAUAGAAACUCGCUGUGCAUUAACGAUAACAAAACCAUGGAGUCGAUGGAAGGUAAAUGCCUGGACGGGUUGCAGCAUGUAACCCUGCAGAAGAAUAACAACGACAAUGAUAAUCUAAAUAUGAAAGUUAUCGAGAUAGAAUCGGCGCAAGAAUGCACCGAAUCUUACCUGGAGGAAAGCAAUUCCAAGUACUCGCCGAAACCGAAUGAUAACGUGCACAGAGUACACAGUGUAAACGCUAUCACGUUAAGCACGGGCGAUACGGAUAAUGGUUUACCUCGUGACACGAGUAGCGAUGCGCUUUCCGAUGCGAGAUUAGCGAACAACAUUACGCAAAUCGCGCAUAUUAAUCCGGAGUUGUGCGGCCUACCUUUGGAACUAUUUACAAAGGGAUAUCUCUGCUUACCUUACCUAUCUUUGCCCUACUUGGAUCUCUUGGGGGACGUUAAUGUUAGAGGAUAUAUAGUAGGUGCUACAAACGUGCUGUUUAAACAAAAGAAACAGCUCAUCGAUGUGCUAAUCGAGGUUGAAAAUACGCGGAUAGAGGCGACGGAUCCUGAACUGAGACGGCAGCUACAUCUCACCACCGAGGACUUGAGAUUCGCCGAUUACGUCGUAAGGCACGUGGCCGAGCCUCGGAAGGAUAUCUUUCUGGACGGAGUCGGAUGGGAGGGCGGCGACGAAUGGAUCAGAACGCAGUUUCGAGUGUACCUGUUGAGCAUGCUGCGUACUUCCAUACAGCAGGACACCCGUCAGUCGGACCACUAUAAUGCGGCAUUCAUGUCCGCGUGGCGUACAACGAAUAAUUACAAGGCGUGGUUUAACACAAGCAAAUCGGAGAUACUCAAUAUCGAACCUGGCCACCCCUUUGCCGGUCAGCUCUCGGUGCAAGACAUGAAAUUACGCUUGUCACACACGAUGCAAAACACAGAAAGCGGUAGAAAGUUGAAUCAAGCGAUGGCGUCGACUGGGCGCGCGGUGGCCACCACUGGGAAAGCCGUAGGGGGAGCAUUGUCGCAAGCGAAAGGGGCAUUCUCCAACUGGUGGAGCACACUGACGACAGUUCAGCCGGUCGAUGAGACAAAGAUUGACAAUCAAACGACAAACAACCAUCACACGGUGUCCAGCGUCACGGACAAAGAGUCUGUCGAAGACGAAGAGAUGAAUAUCUCUACCACCAAUAACACUGCAAUUAGUAGUGAUAAUCUUACCGUAGACCUUGAUUAAUACGAAAACAUAUUCCAAUGAGAAACGGAAGAAACGAUCGCGAGAGCGAAGCUGAAAGCACGAGAUAUCGGAUACUGGUAAAUAUUAGAGCGUAAUGUAAAGAUGCGUAAAACUCUGAAACACGAAGUGUUUCUUGCAAAAUUCGUGUAGGACUCGCUUGUCAAACGGCCGAAUUUUUUUUUUAAACACUUACAAUUUUAGCGCGAGAAAGUACGAUGUAAGAAAUUAAAAGCACGUACAUACAACAGACUAUAUUAAUGUGAUAUGCAGCUUCGCGAAGAGAUUUUUUUUUAAGGCCGUCGGACCUUAGUUUUUAAGCCGAUAUAUUGCCGAUUUAAGUACAAGUUUUUGUAAUUUUCGUCGAAUAUGUUGUAUAUAUAAUUUCUGUAUAGUUUAUAUAUUUGUAAGAUAUGUGAUAUAAUUUCGUUACAUACAAAAAGACACGUCAUCAUCGCCAGUGGUUUCCUAAUCAACCCUUUCAGUGUCGCAAUCGAGCGACGCUCUAUAAAAAUGUCAAUCAAUUUUAAUUCUAGGUAAUGGGGUGAGCGUUUUUUUCAGUCGCAAAUCUCGGCUAUUCUCAAAGGCUAUAUAUGACACUACGUACCGUAAUAUUAUUGUUUCGUAUAUAGAGACAUUCUCGCUUAACAAGUACCUGUAUCUUUUGUACAUAUUAUGAAAAGUAGGGCGACGUAUUAUAUAUUUACAUGCAAUAUUAUAUAUUUUCGUCGCAUUUAUCAUAAUGAUUUUUCUCUCUGCGCGAACUUUGCGUAUAUAUUAUUUCGUCGAGAUAUUAGUCUCAUUUAUUGAACGCGUAAAAGAAACGUCGGAAAAAAGUAGCACGUUUGACACACGUCACGUUAUCGAUCGUGGCAAAUUUCAAUUUGCAGGGUCUCAAGUAUUUUGUAUUGUUGGGAAUUUGUGGAUUUACUUGUAGAGGCUGCGCGGAAAGUUCGAAACUGGGACAGCCGAUAUCCGACAAGACGUAAACAUUGUACAUUAUUCCAUAAUUCAUUUCACUAAGGCUAAUCAUGUUAUUGACAAUAUUGCUACCUCCAUUUAUUGUCGAGAUUACAUCGUACGAUUAAUUUCCUCGUAUACGACGAUCCCUUACAAUUCGAUAGAUCGGCAAUGAAAGAUCUGAAUCACGAUAGAUAAUCGUUAAGCUGACUGUAUCUUUAUAUCCGUCGGAGAAUCAACUGUUAGCUUUAUCGUCGAAAUCGCGAACGAUCAUUCGUGGAACGAAGAGCUGCCGGUAAUCGUAGCAGAAUGACGAUUCAAUUAAGCUUAGAGCACACGUGUAGAUCACUUAUAUGUAGCGCUACUAGUGUAGUCAUUAUGGUAACAUACGUAUAUCUCAUUAAGGUAAAAAGGUUCUUCGCCACAAUAUUCGUAGAAUUAUGCGGAAAAAAAGGAACGUUUUGUAGUGGUAUUCUUAAUUUAAUUAGGAUUCGCCCCUCUUUGUAGAGCUUAAUCGUACUUAAUACUCGCUCUAUUUUUACACCAUUACUCCUGCGUUUAAACAAGUGAAUCUCAAACGGCCACAUUUGGCGCUGAAUGACGAUUUUUGUUACAUAUGCAAACAUCGAUCCGCUAAAUUUUGUCGUAAAUUUUAUCUCAAGCCGUUACUUAAUACAAGGCGAUAUAUACACACACACACACACACACACACACACACACACACACACACACGUAGGUACACAUAGGUAUUAUGCGAGCUGUUUAUUUUGAAAGCAAUCGAGAAUAUCUAAUCACAAUGGCAAAUUUAAUCUCACUUAAAUCCGUGCUCGCACACACAACUAACAACAGUUUUCAGAAUAAACGGUUCACUCUUGCUAGUCUAGCUCAAGUUAUUGUAAGUACGUUUUUGUGAUAUUUAGUUUAUCUUUUAUAAUAUACGGCUCGAAUUAAAUUCCUCCCGGAGAUAUCGGUGUUUUAGGAUACAUCUUUAUUUAUACAUAAGUAAGGUGUGCCAAAUGUGGAACGUGUACAUUUUUAGAGAAAGUAUAUCGAUAUACGGGUGAGAUGUAAUUUUGUAGUUAAACAGCGUGACGUAAAUUCAGGCGAAACGGCCAGGCUGCUGACAAACGAAAUCGUCGUUGAACGUUUAAUAAUUUUAUUAAACGUUCAAUAAAAUUAUCGUCUUCAAUAAAUAGUUUUUUUUUAAAUCUUUGCCAUUAAAAGAAAAAAAAAUUCGGAAUCUUCGAAUGACACGUACAAAUAAAUUUAUGUGGACGAUGAGUUGUUUUCGCGCUGUCUUUAAAAUUAUUACGUAUAGAAAACGUAGACGUUUCGUAGACAUUUUGUUAUUUAGUCAUUUGUAACACGUGUACAUACAUUUUAUUUAUUACAAGAUAUUUUUCAGCGACGUCUUUUUCACAAGAGACUAUACAGGCUCUUAAUACUUGGUAGCCAUUAAGAUUCUCUGCGAUCGAAUUACGAACGCGCUCUAUGUAUCGAAAACACGAAUUCUAGUUGAUUUAGCGCCGAUCGAUAUAAAAAUGACAGAAAAAAAAAGAGGAAUAGCAAUUCGGCGAUCCUUUUGCACAGCUUUAGACGUUAUAUUAUCUCUCGCGAGGGGAAGUUAUUUCAAACUCUCCCCUCCCCCCUCCUCCACGUUGAAUAUAAUUAAAUAUGUUUUCUAUAUUUAUAAAACGCGAGUUUGUACAGCUUACGAGAAAUGUAAGGAGACGGAGCGUUACGAUCUGAGAAAUGACUUAUUGUACUGUAUUGUAUCUUAUGACUGUAGUACCACCGUUCGUCAAAAUAUUAAGAAGAAAUAAUAUAUCCAAUUCUGAAUGUGUU